AUGUUCGCCAGCCCGGCGGGCAGCAGCACGCCCUUCUCGGUGAAGGACAUCCUGAGCCUGGAGCAGCAGCCCGGCGCCCUGGCCGCCCUGGAGCUGGCCGCCCUGGCCGCGCCCCCCUCCUGCAUGCUGGCCGCCUUCAAGCAGGAGGCCUACCCCACCCCCCGCCAGGAAGGCCCGGCCCGCGACCCCCCCAAGGCCGGCGGACCCGCGCCUUUCCUGGCCGCCAAGCUCUACGCCGACAUGGACUCAGCCAAGGAGCCCCGGGCAGACAAGAAAGAUCUGUGCGCCCUGCAGAAGUCCCUGGAGCAGGAGAAACGGGAGGCCGAGGAGGCGGAGCGGCCCCGGCAGAGGAAGCGCCGCAAGCCCCGCGUGCUCUUCUCGCAGGCGCAGGUCUACGAGCUGGAGCGCCGCUUCAAGCAGCAGAAGUACCUGUCGGCGCCGGAGCGGGACCACCUGGCCGGCGCGCUGAAGCUCACCUCCACGCAGGUGAAGAUCUGGUUCCAGAACCGCCGCUACAAGUGCAAGCGGCAGCGGCAGGACCAGAGCCUGGAGAUGGUGGGCCUCCCCCCGCCGCGGCGGAUCGCCGUGCCGGUGCUGGUCCGCGACGGCAAGCCCUGCCUGGGGGACUCCUCGCCCUACGCCUCCCCCUACAACGUGGGCCUCACCCCCUACGGCUACAACGGCUACCCGCCCUACGGCGGCUACGGCAACGGGGCCGCCUGCAACGCCGCCUACAGCUGCAGCUACCCGGCCGUGCAGGGCGUCCAGCCCUCGGCGGCCGGCGGCAACUUCGUGAACUUCGGCGUGGGGGACUUGAACCCGGUACCCACCUCUCUCCCGCAAGGGAGCGGGGGCAUGUCCGCCUUGCACGGCAUCCGGGCCUGGUAG